AUGAAUGAUCCAUUAACCAACUAUCACGUUCAAAAUAACAACCGAAGCAUCACACAAGCAAGUAACUUUUAUAGUAAUGUAAUCAGUACUACAGUUGUUCGUUCGGUUGUUGUUAAUUCAAAAACGGAUUCAGAAUAUAAAUCGAUAACAAGUAUUCCUCGUGAUGAUAAAGAAUCAAAUAUCAUUUGGAGCUUUUGUCGUGCACAAUCCAAUUCAUUUUAUUUAGAAGAUUUAGUACAAGCUGGUGAAUUACAAUAUAUUAAUCAAACAUUAGAUGAUAUAACAAAAAAUUUAAUUGAUCGAUUUAAUUAUAGACAAUACACAAUACUACAAUUUCUUCAGGAUUGUUUAACACCAAUUAUGUAUUUAUUAAAACGACAACAAAAUUUAGAUGAUUUUUUUACUUCACUUUCAUACAAAUAUCAAGAAAUGGACCCGUCAAUAGAAAGAUUAAAUCUAAGCUUUCGAAUGUUAUUACAUAUUUUAUUCAUAAAUUCUGAUAUAUUUUUACGACGAAUCAUCAUGUCAUUAUUAAGUAAACGUAAUCCAGUACCAUUUGUUUUGCCAAAUAUUCAAAAUCGAAGUCAAAAUGAACAAUAUCAAUUUGCACCUGCUAUUCUACAUGUAUGGAAUUAUACGCGACCAACGAUAUUAUCAUUUGGCAUUGGUCCAUGUAAAGGAAAAUCAACAUUAUUAAAUCAAUUAUUUCAAUCAACAUUUGAACAAACAGUUGAUAGUAUCUAUUUUCAACAAACAAUUGAUAUUGAUUUUGGCUAUGCUUUUAAUCCCGAACGAACAUUAAAUAUUGCUGAUACACACGGUAUAAUUGACAAAAAAUUAUUGCUUAAAAUCCAGCCAUUGUUUGAUGGAUUUUUAAUACAAAUUGAUAAAACAUAUUUAGAUCGACAUUCACAAAUUCUAAUUGAAUAUUUACACAUUUUACCGGAAAACAAAUUUCAAAUGAUUAUUAUACGUGAUACAUCAGUUAAUAACUUACCAGAAUAUUCAUUCGAAAUUCAGAAUUUAUUAAAACAAUUUCGAGCGAAUUCUUCACAAAAACUAUACACUUAUCCAUUGAUAAAUAUUUCCAAUACAAAUGAUCGAAAUAUUAAGUUUGCUAUCAAAAAAUUACGUGAAGAAUUAUUAAUAAAAAUCGGAUCAGAAGUACGAACAAAUAAUAAACAUAAAAUAUUAUCAAAUUUACAAAAUUUAAUGCCAAGAGAUUAUGUCGACUAUUUGAACCGAUUAAAUUAUAUAAUUCAACCAUUAAAAAAACUUUUAUUACAAAAAAAUGAUUUACAAAAUGACAAUAACUUUCCACUUUAUAUAAAAUUUCAAGAAUUAUGUAAACUACGACAAAAAUUGAAAAAAAUUGAUUUUUAUGGUUCAGAAAGUGAAAAUAUGUUCGAAAUUUAUGAUAAACUAAAUAAAUUAGAAAAUGAAUUAGAUCCAAAUACAAAAACAUCGUCACCAAUUAAAAAAGGACAUGUAGUUGAUUUAUUUAUCGAUAUAUUAAAAUCAGAUAAUAUGCUGAUGAGUUUGGAACUAUUAUCAACAGAAUUGAAAAAUGAACUAUUGACUUUGGAUAGUGAGAAAAUCACUGGUGAUUUAACAGUGGAAAAUGCAUUUUUAUCAUUGGAAGUACUUUGGCGAAAUGCAAUUGUUUGUUAUAAUCAUACAACAAAUGAUAAAAAAAGCUUAAUUGAAAAAUCAUAUUCUGAUUUCGUUGCAGCUGGUUUUCCAUUUGAAAUAGUUGAUGGUGAUAAUUUACAUUUUCAACAUCAGUUUUUAACAAAAAUUUUGAACGAAUUCGUAUCCAAACGAAUACUAGUUAUCAGCAUCAUUGGUCCGCAAAAUAGUGGGAAAAGUACAUUGUUAAAUUAUAUGUUUGGAACACUCUUCGAUGUACGAGAAGGACGUUGUACAAGAGGAAUUUAUGGUUCUUUAGUGAAACUAAAUAAAUCAAAUCAAAGUGGUAAUAAAACUUUGGGUAAAACUCUUAACGCCGAAAUUCCAGACAUAGAUUAUAUCAUGUUAAUCGAUACUGAAGGUCUUUUAUCCAUAGAAAAGAGUGAUCAGGAAUAUGAUAGACGUUUAGUUUUAUUCUGUUUAGCUGUUUCACAUUUAGUUAUUGUUAAUAUGAUGGGUGAUGUCAAUGAAACAUUAAAAGAUAUGCUAACUUUAUGUGCAGAUUCAUUAAAACAAAUUGGUGUAAAUAAAGUCGAUAAACCAAUUAUACACUUCGUUUUAAAUCAAAAAGCUGAUCCAAAUAUGAAAAAUCAUACAGAAGCUAUUGAUAGAAUAAUUCGAGAUUGUAAAGAAAAAGAAUUAGCGGAAGUUAUUGAUAUUAAUCCAAAAACCUUUCAUACAUUACCAUCAGCAUUUAAAAAAGAACGUGUGUCGAACGAUGCUCAAAGUCCAUGUUUUAUACGUACAGAACCAGAUUUUAUUCAACGUACACAACAAUUAUGCGAAAAAAUUAUUGAAUCAGCGAAAUCAUCUUACGGACGAUCUGGUGAGACAAUAUCUAAUCCAUCCCAAUGGCUUAGAACAGCUGUUACUAUAUUUGACACAUUACAAAAAUUUCCAGAUCUAACAUAUUUUAAAGACAUUAAUGAACGUCGACAAGAUGAUCGAAUACGCCAACAUAUUGGCGAACUCAUAUCUAAAACAUUAUCGGCAGAUUAUCGAAAUAAAACGAUAACUGAUUUGUGCCAAUUAACAGAAAAUGAAAUACGAAAACAAUUUCAAGCGAAAUUUGAUGUACAUCAAAAUGAUCUAGAUAAUGAUUUAAAAAUUAUUUUUAAAGCUACCAGUGCAUCUGAACGUAUAAGAGACAGAUGCAGACAAUUUCUGAAACGGCAAGUGACGGAAAUUAGCAAUGCAUGGUGUACAGCAGCGUUACAAGCGCAUGAUCAAAAACAAAUGGAAGUAUUAGUGCGAGAUGGUUCUGAUGAUCUACGAAAACUGAUUGAUGAAUUAAUUAAGAGUGGACAAACGAUGACGAAAGAAAAAGCUACAGAAGAAUUUUCUAUUAUGUGGAUCAAAAAAUUAGAAUCAAUUAAUCGAAGUUUCGAUCCACAAGAACGAUUGAAACAAGCAAUUAAAUUUGUCUACGGCAAUUAUAAUAUUUUUGAAAAACAAUGUCUACCAGCUCAUGAACAUAUACUUAAUUAUUUACCAUUUGUUACUCAAUUAACUAAAAAAUCGAACAUAAAAUAUGUAAUUACUUCAAUACAAGGACAGUUUUCUGUUAAUACAUAUAAACAACGACAAAGUGCUUUGGAGCAACACUGGAUAGAAUCGAGUGCAAAUGUCACAUAUACGUUAGCCACGAUCGAAAACUUUAGCUAUCUAAAUAAACAAAUACUGAAAGAUAAGUAUAUGGCCUGCACUAUGUAUCAAGACAACUAUAUCCAGACGCCAACAUAUCGAGAUGAACAAAAUCGGCUAUCUCAUGGAAGAACACAGCAGAAAUAUGCAAGGCCUACUCUAGUGCGAAGAGGUUUGGAUACUAUCGCAGGCUUCUUCAGUUCUGAAUCGGCGACAACGACUUCACCAGAACAAAUAGCAGUGCCUGUCAAUCCGACACCAUUACAGUAUGACUAUAUACGGUACGUCUAUUGGACAAUUCAUGCAGAGAUGGAUUGCUCACCGAAUCAGACAGCAAACAUAUUAUGUAUACCACGGUUAUUUGAAAAAAUUCUAAACGCUAUAAUAGCAAUAGUUGAUGGAAAUGGUACAAUUCGCCGACCGAUUGAAGUUGAUUUAAUACAAAAAAUCGUGGGUUUGAUUAACACUCUUAUAAAUGAAAUAAAUCUUGAAUUACUUGUUUUCAAAUGGGCAUUAUCAAAACAAACAAAGUCAUCUAUCCAUACCUUUAUUCUUAUACUAUUAACAAUGUAUUAUUAUGGUGAACAAAAAAAUCACUUUAGUCAACAAAUUUCAACAUUGAAUAAAGAAAGACAAUCAUUAUUAACAUAUUUUAUUAGCAUGGUUGUACCUGAUGCACAAUGUGAUAACGAAGGUGCUGAAAUUUUUGCCAAUAAAGUAAAAAAUGCUACUCAAUCGAAUUUGAUGCGUCAUGCCGAAAUUAUAAUAGCACGUAUUAUUAAAAAACAACAAAACUUAAAUCGAAAACAAGUUCAAAUAAUUUGCGAUGGGAAACUACACGCAGCAGCAGAUGAUGACGAUUGGUUAUUUCGUUAUAUCGAUGCACCAACUGAUGUUAUCAUAGAAGAAUUUCAAGUGUUAUGGAGAGAAGUUGAAAAAACAAUUAAUCAACAGUUAGAAAAACAAAAAAAUCAAUGGAAGAAUAUAUUAAUUGAGUUUUUUAAUCGUAUUGAGUAUAUAAUAUCAUCUCUUACAAACGAAGGUUCAUCUGUCCAAUAUAUUGAUGAUAUAUUCUCAGCAUCAGGUGGAAUUGCUGCAGAUAAUUUGAUAAAUAAAGGUCAAUGUAUGGUUUUAUUAUUAUAUGAUUAUUUAUCUGGUAAUAAAAUACAGCCAGGAACAUCAUAUACAGUAUUUAAUGAAAAUUAUACAUUGAACACAAAGGGAUUGAAACUAUUUGAAAAAUUACCAAUACCAAGUCAACAGUUAGCUGAUAUAAUAAAUGGAAUGAAAGAUAUUGAUAAAUCGAAUAAUAAUCGAACGACAGUCGCCUCAAUAAAGAAUUUGCAUGUCUUUCUUCAAAGUAUUAUAGAUGCUAGAAAAACAAUUGAAGAUACGUAUGAUGAAACUCCAACUACAUUUGAAGCCUAUGAUAAAGAUCAAAUCUAUAACAAACUAUUGGAUAAAGUACGUGGGUGUACCUCAAAAUGUCCAUGUUGUCAACGGCCCUGCGAUGUUGAUCAUACUUUAAUCAAAUCCAAUGCAGGAGAUGAAGACAACCGUCAUUGUUGCCAAACUGGCCAUCAGUUGCGAGCAAUGGCUGGUAUUAAAUUUGAAGUUUCAAAUGAAGCAUCAUUAUUCCAAUGCGAACAGAUGACACCUGACAGACCAAUUGUUGUUCGGGGUACAAAGAAAAAAUGGUCAGAAUUUACAAACGAUUAUCCUGAUUGGGAUUUUGGUAAUUCAAUCACAUCCGAUGAAUUAUUUAAAUUGCGCGGUAAAUUUCUUAAUGUUUGGAGUAGAAUUGGUACGCUUCUGUGUGAAAAAUACGAUAUGAAGUUUGUAACAGAAAAUACAGCCCAAGCUACAGCAAAACCAUUUCAUUACAUAUUAUUACUUGAUGCAUCUGGAUCAAUGGAUGGUGAACCAUGGAAAAAUUUACUUGAGGGUGUUAGAGAAUUCAUUAAGAUUCGCGUUGAUUCCGGUUCAUCAGAUCGUAUAACAAUUAUCGUAUUUGACAGUCAAGCAAAGUAUGCUUACUUUAAUGAAGAUAUGAAAUCAAUCGAUAUAACCAAAAUAGAAUUUACAAAUGGUGGAACAGAUUUUGGAAAUGCAUUUGAUCUGGUAAUUAAAACCAUUCAGAAAACACAAAUGCAGAGUUCAGCAUAUAAUUCUUUAGGACAUUCCGAUUAUGUCAUUAUUUUUAUGAGCGAUGGACAAGGAGGGUUUCCUUUUAGUCAAAUGGAAACAUUAUCAGCCAUGAAAACUAUGAUUAAUCAGUUUUGGACCGUUGCUCUUGGUGAUACAAGUAUGACUGUUUUACAACAGAUUAAUCAAAAAAUGGAUGGGACAUUUAAAGAGUUAAAAGAUUCUACUGAUUUUGUUUAUGUUUACGCUGAGAUUGCUCGGAAUUAA